AUGUGUUAAUUGUUAUUAAUGAUGGGCUAGAUUACUAAAUUGUCCAUUUUUAUAGCUGAAAGCAAGUCUAAUUUUUUAAUCAAAUUCAGAUUUUAAAUAUCUAAAUUCAAUUCUGAAUAAAUAAGCUGCAAACAAUCAAACAAAAUAUUUUAUUUGUUUUAAUUUGAUCUUAAAGAAAUUGUACAAUACAGCUAUUCAGGGUUCUAGAGCUAAUUGCUACAAUUAUUUGGAUUUAGAUUCUUUUCAACAAUGGAUUUUUAUUCAACUUCAUAAAGUGGUUAUAUAAUUUACUGUGAAUAAUUCUCAUAACUGAUAAGAUGGGGUUCUUCAUUCAAACCAUUAUCAAUCGGUAUUCCAACUGUAAAAUUUUGA